AUGGCAUUUGAAGGAAUCAUUGAAUAAGUUACUGCUGAAAAUAGAUUGGAUCCAGACCCCGAUUAUAUUUUGAAGAUUGUUCAAGCAUCAGAAUUAUUAGAAAUUAGACAUUGUAUUUUCGUAAUGGGUCCACCAGGAGCUGGUAAAUCAACCACAUGGAAAAUGUUGGCUAAAGCUUAAGAUAAGGCUGGUAAGAAGACAACAGUGGUUGAUUUAGAUCCAAAGGUCGUUAGUACUAGAGAUUUGUAUGGUUACAAUUUACCAACAAAGGAAUGGAAAGAUGGUUUAGUUUCAAAGGUUUUGAGAUCUCUAAGUGAAAUUCAAGAUGUUAAUCCUAAAUGGAUAUUACUUGAUGGAGAUUUAGAUGCUAAUUGGAUUGAGUCUAUGAAUUCAGUGAUGGAUGACAAUAAGAUAUUGACGUUGGCAAAUAAUGAAAGAAUUCCAUUGAAACCACACAUGAGAAUGCUUUUUGAAAUCAGAGAUCUUCGUUUUGCUACUCCUGCCACAGUGUCUAGAGCUGGUAUCUUAUAUAUUUCAGAUGACAAGGGGUAUUAAUGGAGAGCCUACGUGAAAUCAUGGGUUAAGAAUAACUUUAAUGAUGAUAAAUUUAAAUAAGAUUUACAAAAACUAUUUGAUAGAUAUAUUGAAGGUACUUUACUAUUCUUAAAGAAACAUUGUAAGACUUUGAUUCCAGUCAAUCCAAUUUCUAUGAUUAUCUCAUUAUGCAAAGCCUUAUUGCCAUUAUUAUAAGGAGAAGUGAAGAAUAUGGAAUAUCAUUUCGUGUAUUGCUGUGUUUGGGCUAUUGGAGGUGUUUUAUCUGAAAAAGACUCCAUUGAUUAUCGUAAGGAUUUCUCUAAUUGGUGGAAAGGUGAAUGGAAGACUUCAGUAAAAUUCCCAAGUAAGGGUACAGUAUUUGAUUACUUUGUUGAAUAAAAUUCAGAGAAUGUUAAAUUCGAUGAAUGGGCUAAAAGAUUAUCUAAUAUAGAUUUUGAUCCUUAAUCAAUGGUUAUGGGUAAUAUUACAGUGCCAACUAAAGAAACUUUGGCUACAAGUGAAUUAGUUAAAUAAUUUAUUUAUGUUUAACAACCAGUUUUGAUGAUUGGUUAAUCCGGUUGUGGUAAAACUUAAUUGGCCAAGGGUAUUUUGAGAGAUAUCGUGAAAGCUCAACCAGAUAAUUUUACUUAUCAAUUAAUCAAUUUCAAUUAUUAUACUGAUUCAACUUAUUUAUAGGCACAAUUGGAACAAUAAUUGGAAAAGAAGGCAGGUAGACAAUUUGGACCUUAAGGAAAAGGAAAAUUAAUAUAUUUCAUUGAUGAUUUGAACAUGCCUUAAUUAGAUCCAUAUGAUACUUAGACAGCUAUUGCAUUGUUAAGAUAACAUGCAGAUUAUGGUCAUUGGUAUGAUUUAAGUAAAUUGAGUUUGAAGGAUAUCAUCAACACUCAAACAAUUGCUGCUAUGAAUCCAUCAGCUGGUUCAUUCUUUGUUAAUCCAAGAUAUCAAAGACACUUUUGGACUGUUUCCAUUCCUAUUCCUGACAAUGAAAGUUUGUUCUUAAUCUACAACACAUUCCUAUCAGGACAUCUUAAGAGAUUCAAACCAGCUGUCACUGAAAAUGGACCUGCAAUUAUCAAAGCUGCUUUAUAAUUACAUACAAGUGUCAUAUAGAAUUUCAGAAAGACAGCCAUAAAUUUCCAUUAUGAAUUCAAUCUUAGACAUAUUUCCAAUGUUAUAUAAGGAUUGUUAUUAGCCGAUCCUGCUAAAUUUAUUGAUUCAGAUAAAUUAAUAAGAUUAUGGGUUCAUGAAUCUGAAAGAACAUAUGGUGAUAGAUUAGUCUCAAUGGAUAAUCUUAAUACCUAUAAGGCAUUGAUGUUCGAUUUGUUAAAGAAAUAAUUCACCAAAUUCAAUUUCAGUAGAUUCUUUGCAAAAGAUAAUCCUGAAAAUCUGAUCUUCUGUAACUUCUUAGCUGGUAUUGGUGGUGAUAGAUUUUAUGAUCAGAUGCCAAAUGAUAAAUUGGAACCAGUAAUCACUGAAGCAUUAAAAGAAUAUAAUGAUAACUUUGCUUAUAUGGGAUUAGUAUUAUUCGAAGAUGCUCUUAAACAUGUAUGUAGAAUCACUAGAAUUGUGUUACCACCAGGAGGACAUUCAUUAUUAGUAGGAGUAGGAGGUAGUGGUAAAUAAUCGUUAACUAAAUUGGCUGCAUUCAUUAUGACAUACACACUCUUCAUGAUUACUAUCUCAAGCAAUUAUGGUAUGAAUGAUCUAAGAACUGACUUGUAAUUACUUUACUAGAAAUCAGGUGUCAAAGAUGAACCUAUUAUGUUCUUAUUCAAUGAAGGUCAAAUUACAAACGAGAGAUUCUUAACAUACAUCAAUGAUCUACUAUCUUCAGGAGAAGUGGCAGAACUCUAUAACUCAGAUGAAAAGGAAGUGUUGAUAAAUCAAAUUAGACCUAAAGUAAAGGCUGAUGGUAGACCAGAUACAAGAGAUUCAUGUUGGGGAUGGUUUAUUGAUAAAGUUAGAUAGAAUUUACAUAUGACCUUGUGUUUCUCACCAGUAGGUGAAUCACUCCGUAAAAGAGCUCGUCAAUUCCCUGCUCUUGUCAACUCUACUGUCAUUGAUUGGUUCCAACCUUGGCCUUAAGAUGCUCUCUAUAAUGUUGCUUAACAAUUCUUAAAAGAUAUUGAUGUACCCACAGAUUAAGUUAGAGAGGCUAUUGUUAAAUUCAUGCCAUUCUCAUUCAAAUUAGUUAAUGAUUUAUCAGUCAAAUUGUUAGAAUAAGAAAGAAGAUAUGUCUAUACUACACCUAAAUCAUUCUUAGAAUUGAUCAAAUUAUAUAUUUUCAUGUUGAAGACUAAGAAGGGAAUGCUUGAAAAGAAUAAGGAAAGAUAUGAAAAUGGUCUUAUCAAAUUGAGAUCUACCUAAGCUUUAGUGGCUGAAAUUGAAAUUCAAGUCAAGGAAAAACAAUAAGAAGCUGAAUAAAUUAAGAAUGAAGCUAAUCAAGUAGCUGAAGUUGUUGGUAAAGAAAAAGCAAAGGCUGAAGUUGAAAAUGCAAAGGCAGCAGAUGAAGAAGCUAAAUGUUCAACCAUCAAAUAAGAUGUUGAAUAGAAAAAGACAUCCACCCAAGCAGAUUUAGAUGCUGCUAUCCCACUUGUUGAAUAAGCCAAGGCUGCCUUGAAUGGGUUGAGUGAAAAAGAUUUCUAAGUUGCUAAGAACUUUGCUACUCCACCUUCUGGUGUACCAGAUGUCUUCUCAGCUACCAUUUUCUUAUUGGCUGGAUUCUAUAAUGAACAAAUCGAAGUUGAUCCAAAAUCAAAGAAACCUAAAGCUUAUGAUUGGAAGAGUGCAUAAAAGAUGAUGCAAAAGCCAAAAGAAUUGUUGAAUAAACUCAUGGGUUUCAAAGAUAUUGUAGAUGCAAAUCAAGUACCCACAACAAAUGUAGAUUUUGUUAAGAAAAACUAUUUGAAUUUAGAACAUUUCAAUGCAUAAACUAUGGCUAAUAAAUCAUCAGCUGCUAGAGGUCUAUGCGAUUGGGUUAUCAACAUUGUCAAAUAUUAUGAUGUCAUCCAAAUUGUAGAACCUAAGAGAUAAGCACUUAAAGAAGCUAUUCAAUAAUUGGAUGAUGCUAAUGCAAAAUUGGCUAAAGUCUAAGAACAAGUGAAGGAAUUAAAUGAUAGAUUAGCUGUUUUGACUGCUGAUUAUAAUAAAGCUAUGGCACAAUUAUAAGCUGCCUUAGAUUAAGCUGCCAAAUGUGAAAAGAGACUUAAUUCUGCCAAUCGUUUAGUUAAAGCCUUAGGAAGUGAAAAUGAACGUUGGGAUUAAGCAAUUAAAAUGUUAGAAGGCUAAAUUUAAUUAUUAAGUGGAGAUGUUUUAGUUUCAGCUGCCUUUGUCUCAUAUGCUGGUCCAUUCAACAAGAGAUUCAGAGAUGUUAUGAUUAAGGACUACUUCCUGAAAUUCAUCAUUGAUAACAAAGUUCCACUUAGUAAUAAUGCUGAUCCAGUGAAAUUAUUGACAGAUGAAAGUACUAUUGCAAAAUGGAAUCAAUAAUUAUUGCCAAGUGAUGCUGUCAGUACUGAAAAUGGUACCAUUUUAACUAACUCUGAAAAGAUAUCCAUUGAUCAUAGAUCCUUAAUUAUAAGGAAUCAAAUGGAUUAAAGAAAAGGAAUCUUCAAACAAUAUGAAGAUCUUACAUAAAUUGAAUUCUCUAUCUAAGCUGGUAAUCCAUGUUUAAUUGAAAAUAUGGAUGAAAGAAUAGAUGCAGUUUUAAUGCCUGUUAUUGCAAGACAAUUUAUCAUCAAAAGUUCAGGAUAAAAGAAGAUUAAAUUCGCUGGUUAAGAAUUGGAUGUUCAUCCUAAAUUCUAAUUGUUCUUACACACAUAAUUAAGUAAUCCACAUUAUCCUCCUGAAAUCUAAGCAGAAGCUACUCUUAUCAAUUUCACUGUCACUGAAGAUGGUUUAAGUGAUUAAUUAUUAGCCUUGGUUGUUGGUAGAGAAAGACCAGAUUUGGCUUAGAAGAAGGUAGAAUUGAUUUAACAAUAAAAUUCAUUCAAAAUUAAAUUAAAAGAAUUGGAAGAUGAAUUAUUAUAUAAAUUAGCAAAUGCUGAAGGUGAUAUUUUAGAAGAUAUUGCUUUGAUUGAAAAUUUAGAAUACUCUAAGAAGAUCUCUACAGAAAUUGCUGAAAAAGUAGAAAUUGCUAAGGCCACUGAAGCUAAAAUCAAUGAAACAUCAGAAUAAUACAGAAAUGCAGCUGCAAGGGGCGCCUUAAUUUAUUUCUUAUUGACAGAUCUAUCUAAGAUCCACUCUUUCUAUAAAUAUUCUUUAGAAUCUUAUUUGGUUGUAGUUCAUAGAGCUAUUGAUUUAAUUUCUGAACAUAAGCAUGUACAAACAGGUGUCAUGUUGGAUGAGAAAGCAGCAGCUUAGAUUGAUCUUGGAAAGAAGAAGGAAGGAGAAGAUGAAGAAGCAGCUGAAGGAGAAGAAGGAGAAUAAUAAGAAGAAUAACAAGAGGAAUAAUAAUAAGAAUAACAAUAAGAAGAAUAAUAAUAAGGGGAAUAAUAAGAAGGAGAAUAAGGAGAAGGUUAAUAAGGAGAAGGAGAAGAAGGAGGAGAAGCUAAGGAAGGUGAAGAAGGAGAACAAAAGAAAGAAGAAUAAGCUGAAGAAUAGAAGAGAGCUGCUGAUGACGAUCAACUUACUCCAUAAUCAUUGAGAAAGAGAGUUAAUUAAUUGAUUGAAAGUAUUACUUAUACAUCUUUCCAAUAUGCCAGAAGAGGAUUGUUCGAAAGACAUAAGUUGAUUGUAUCAACUAUGCUUACUUUGAGAAUCAAUUUGAAAGCAGGAAAAUUACCAAAAGAAUAAGUUGACCAUUUGAUUAUUGGUAAAAUUGAAUUAAAUCCUCCUCCUAUGCCUGAAUCAUUGAAAUCAUUCUUGAAUGAUACUAUUUGGGCAUGUUGCAAAGCUUUGGAAUCAAUCCCUGAAUUUAAUGGUCUUGGAUAAAGUUUAGAAGUUGACAAUCUCCAAUGGAAGAAAUGGUAUAAUGAAGAAAAGGCUGAAAUCAGUGAUCUACCAAAGGCUUUCAGUCAUCUUAAGAAAUUCCAUAGAUUACUAUUACUAAGAACAAUGAGACCUGAUAGAUUGACAUCAGCUAUGGCUAAUUAUGUUGCUGAAGAAAUGGGAGAUAAGUAUGUUGAAUAACCUCCAUUCUCUAUCUUUGAAACCUUUAGUGAGAUGGCUCCAACCACACCUAUUUUCUUCGUCUUAUUCCCAGGAGUUGAUCCUACUCCUGAAGUGGAAAGAGUGGCUGCCUAAUAUGAUAUCACAUCAUUUAAUGGCAAAUUCAUCAACAUCUCUAUGGGUCAAGGUCAAGAAGAAAUUGCUAGAAAAGCAUUAUUGGAUUGUGCUGUUUAAGGACAUUGGAUUAUGUUACAAAAUGUACAUUUAAUGUAAAAUUGGUUGACAGGUCUUAAUGGUUUGGAAGGAUAUCUUGAAACAGUUUAUGCUAAACAUCAUCCAAACUUUAGAGUGUUCAUUUCAUCAGAACCUCCUCCUCUGCCUGAAAUGAAGAUUAUUCCAGAAUCUAUUCUAUAAGCAUCUGUUAAGGUCGCUAAUGAAGCACCUUAAGAUUUAAAGGCUAAUCUCAGAAGAGCCUAUGCUCACUUUGAUUAAGAAUUCUUAAAUAAAUGUUAAAAGAAACCAUAAGAAUUCAAGGCAUGCUUAUUUGCUUUAUGCCAUUUCCAUUCCUUAGUCUUGGGUAGAAAAGAAGUUUGGUGCUUAGGGAUGGUCUAGAAUUUACAACUUCAAUGA